GUGUGAGAUCAUUACUGCUGGCUUUAGAGAGUUGGCCGCGCCAAGUCGCCGUCCGAAGCCGCGCAAAGCCGGACGCUUAAGCACGUUUGCUCUCCAUUUCGGGAGUGGAAAGUUCUUUUUCGCGUGUGUACCUAAUUAUUUCGAUUAAAUUGGACAAUGACAUUGAGGAAUAGUGAACGGGUUGAGUCAGGCACAACCGAUAGUGAUAAGGUGACACGAAGCCGUUGAAGAGACUCUGCUGAUAAGACCUCGAGGGUUUGUUGCUGAACGUGAUAAAACACAACCAAGUUCAAUCGAGUUCCAGGUUGUCACCAUGAACAUAUAGUGGAAUUCUACAAAGUCGUUUAAUUUUAAGUGCCUACACCAGCAGUAUUACGCAAGCUUGGUCUCGAAAUGGCCUCGCCGGAAAACGAUGUGGUCUUUGACCGUAUUAUGGAGAUGGUCGGCGAUGACGGCCCCUUUCAGAAGCGUUACAACCUGAUCUACAACGUCCUCGCCGUGCUGGUCUUCGGCAUGACCGUUGUGAACAUCCUGCUCGUACUAACCGUGCCCGACCACAACUGUAACGUUCCCGGCCGGGAACUCCACAACGUUACAUCCGUAGAUCGUUGGAGGAACCUAACGCUCCCUCGCGAACUCAACAGUCGUGGCGAGUCCAGCUUCAGCUCCUGCCGGAUGUACAACCUGUCCAAGUACCCCGAGGGAACAACCCCAGAUCAGUGGGUCUUUUACCCCAACGAAACAACAAGCUGUCUCUACGGCUAUGAGUACGAUCGGGAGUACUUUGACCGGACGCCGGUCACCGAGCAGGACUGGGUCUGCGAGAAGGAACUUCACCCGACGAACGUGUUUGCGUUCAUUCGGUUCGGCGAAGUCAGCGGGACGUUCGUGCUGGGACAGCUGGGCGAUAGGAUCGGCCGCCUUCCGGUGUACCUCAUCAGCCUGGCCAUGGGCGCCCUGGGACGAGCCCUGGCCGUAUUCACCGCCCCGCACUACGGCCUGUUCACGCUGCUGGCGUUCGUGGGCAGUUUCGCGUCCAACACGGGCUUCCAGUCGCCGCUGAUCGUCGCGAUGGAGAUCUCCAAGGAUGAAAACAGGGCGUCGCUCUCGUUGUGGCAACUCGGCGGUUGGACGGUUGGAAUCUGCGUGGCCCCGAUGAUUCUGUGGUGGUGCCGGAAUUGGGUGUGGCUACUGUUGGGGACUUCUUUGCCUUUGUUGGCGUUUUACUGCUUGCCCCAGUACAAUAUUGAGUCUCCGAGGUGGUUGGCUGGCCAGGGCCGGUAUCCGGAGUGUAUUCGGAUGUUAAAGAAGAUCGCAAAGGUGAAUGGGAAGAGGUUCGAGAUGACGGUUGAAGAACUGCAGGAGAAGGCCCCGCGGAAGGAGUUUGAGAAGAUGUACGGCAUUGUGUCGCUGUUCAGCGGGAGUCAUAUGGCCAAACUGACGAGUCUGUUGCUGGUUGGUUGGAUCUGUAACACGAUCCCGACGUUUACGCUGCUGUUGCUGUCGACGCAGAUGGGCGGGAAUCCGUUUAUGAACUUCUUCUGGCAAGGAGCGAUCGAACUGCCGGCCUAUCUGUGUGGACAAGUUCUCUGUGACCGCAUCGGUCGCCGCUGGACCAACAGUGUCGCGUUCCUGUGCAACGCCCUGUCCUGCAUUCCGGUCAUCUUCAUCAUCCACCACCCGGGAACGGAACUCUACACCUCGAUCUUCGCCGUCGUGAUCAAGUUCUUCGUGUGCGUUACCUACUUUGCCCUGUACCUUCAAUCCUUCGAAGUCUACCCAACCCUACUCCGUCAGACUGGAACAUCGUUCGGAAUCAUCGUGGCGAACAUUUUCGGUGCUCUCGGACCGUACAUCGUGUUCCUGGGGACGAGUUUCGACAUCCGGCUGCCGUUUGUGGUGCUGAUGUUGAUCGGGCUGUUGGGCUUUGUGACGUCGAUUUUCCUGCCGGAAACCCUGUACCAAAAGCUGCCGGACACGAUGGACGAAGGUCGACGGUUCGGGAAGAACCAGCGCUUCUGGACCAUGCCAAGGAGACCGAGAACGGAGCGGGCUCAGAGUCCGGGGGAGGUGGAGAAGCUGAAUCAGUCCUGAAUCUCUUGCGGGUUUUAGUUGAGGUAUUCUAGGACGAUCCAGUGAUGCAAAUAGAAUUAUUCUAGUAAAUGACAAAUAUGUAUGUACAAAAGUAUAAUGUAAAUAAUAAACUAACAUGAAUUGAACUAAACAGAAGGAGAUAAAAGAUAGCUUCAAAUGCAAAUAAAAAGAAGGCAAACCGUAAAAA